AUGUCGAAUUUAUCAACUCCUGAAACAACGACCGAACCCAUUGCCACCCCAACAGUAAUUGCUGAUGAUAUCGUCAGUGUUCUAAAUAAAAAGUUGGAGGAAGACCCUACCGAUAUACUGUCUGCACUAGAACUGAUCAAACAUUAUGAAAGCAAAGACGAUUUUGAACAAAUUAAGCUGUCGUUUGAAAAAUUACAUUCACGGUUCCCCUUUUAUGCACCAUUGUGGUCUAUUCAUUUAAAGGAAGAUUUACAAAGAGAUGAAUUCGAAACUGUAGAGAAAUUGUUAGCCCAAUGUCUUUCUGGAGAAACAGAAAAUAAUGACCUUUCAUUAUGGAUGACAUAUUUAGACUAUGUUCGUAGAAAGAAUAACUUGAUUACAGGUGGUCAGGAAGCUCGUGCUAUUGUAGUCAAGGCCUUUGAUUUAGUGUUAGAAAAAUGUGCCAUCUUUGAACCCAAUUCAUCACAAUUUUGGAAUGAUUAUGUACUCUUUUUGGAACAAUGGAAACCUGUAAACAAAUGGGAAGAACAACAGAAAAUCGAUAUGAUUAGAACAUUGUACAAACGUAUGCUUUGUGUUCCGUUCAACUCAUUAGAACAAAUGUGGAAUAAAUAUACUCAAUGGGAACAGACAGUGAACUCCUUAACCGCUAGGAAAUUCAUCGGAGAGUUGUCUGGGGACUACAUGAAGGCUCGUUCCUUGUACCAAGAAUGGUCUAACGUUACCAAGGGUUUACGCAGAGUUGCUCCAAUCAAUUUACGUUCUGUCAACAAGAAAAAUCUUCCACACACAUCAGAGAAUGAAGAGUUUCCUGAUCAGAUAGACAUUUGGAAAAAAUGGAUAGAAUGGGAGAAAGAAAAUAAGUUGGUGUUACCGGAGGAGACUGCAAAGAUGAGAGUCAGUUAUGCUUACAAGCAAAGUAUCAUAUAUAUGCUAUUCAGCCCCGAAAUAUGGUAUAAUUAUGCAAUUUCAUUUGAUGAAAAUGAUUCUUCGUGGCGUCAACAGACUCUAUCACAUGGUCUAAAGGCUAACCCGACAUCUCCAACAUUAUGCAUAAAACUAUCAGAAAUAUAUGGUAUGGAAAACGAAGUAGAGAUGAUUAAGAGUUGCUUUGAAGGUACGAUCAAAUCAAUUCAGAGACAAUACAAGAAAAGUGUCGCUGAUGACAACUCAGAAAGCGCACAAUCCCUUAAGGAGAGACUUGGUUACAUCUAUUGUGUAUAUAUGAAUACAGUUAAAAAAAUAUCAGGUCUUUCUGCUGCUAGAUCUAUCUUCGGUAAAUGUAGGAAAUUGAAGGACAGUAUCACUCAUCAAAUAUAUAUUGAAAACGCAUACAUGGAGUAUUACAACCAAAACGAUGGCUACAAGACUGCAUUAAAAGUAUUAGAAUUGGGAUUAAAAUAUUUUCAAACAGAUGGUCAAUAUAUCAACAAAUAUAUCGACUUCUUGCUAUUAUUUAAUAAGGAUUCACAGAUUAAGACAUUGUUCGAGAGUUCUAUUGAUAAGAUAGACGAUAAGAUACAAACGCGUCUGAUUUUCAAGAAGAUGAUAGAAUAUGAGACCAAGUAUGGGAAUAUAUCAACAGUUUAUACAUUAGAAAAGAGAUACAAGGAGAAGUUUCCAGAUGAAAUGUUGAUUGAGACAUUUUCAGAUAGAUACAUGAUCCAAAAAGUUAACCAAAUCAAAAAAUUGGAGUUACCUUAUCUAUAUAAUGAAACCGAAGAAGCUGCAUUUACUUUUGGAACCGAUAGAAACUUGAAGAGAACUCGUGAAGAUUUUGGUAAUGGCUCCAAUAAAAGAUUUCAUGGAAAUAUGAAAACCGAAAUCCCUGAACCUAUCGUUAAUUUAUUGAAAAUAUUACCAAAACGUCAAUAUUUCAAGAAUGCCAUUCUUGAUCCUUCAAAUCUGGUUGAUUAUUUGAUUAACCAAAUCGAAAUUCCUAACGAUACAAACGUUAAUGAAUAA